UAUCUUUUCCUCACACUUUAAUUCUCCUUUUCUCUACCUUUCCCCUUACUUUUUCCUUUCAAACAAAAAGCAGUCACAAAAUCUCAAAAGAAUUUCUUUCAUAACAGACAAAAUGCACAUAAGUUAAAUUACAAAAUAAAAUACAAAAAUUUACCUGUUCGACAAAUGUACCGGUACAUACCGUAUCAGGAGCCGAACUUAAGGUAUUCAUUGAUGCUCUAGUUAGUACGAUGAUACAGAUUCAUGGCUCUAAAUAUUUACCUCGUUAGAAAAGAAUUUAGCGCCACCACUUUCAAAUUUCUUAAACCAUAUUCUUCUUUACCUCGCCAUUUACAUUCCUGCUUCAAUACCGGACAUUUAUGCUUUCGCUUUGACCCUUGCACAUUCUUUGCAUCUCUCAUUGAUAAUUCAGUGAACAGAAGUCACUUGAAUCAAAUCCAUGCUCAAUUGUUUGUCUCUCGAUUGCAGUAUAACGGGUUUCUGAUUACUAAACUCGUGAACUGUUGUGCGACUCUAGGAGAAAUUCGCUAUGCACGUAAUGUAUUUGAUUAUUAUCCUGACCCGGAUGUGUUUUUAUGGAAUGCGAUUAUUAGAUGUUACACCAGGCAGAAUUUGUUUUGUAAUGCUAUUGAAAUGUAUGCUAGAAUGCAAAUAGCAUGUAUAAGACCUGAUGGGUUUACGUUUCCUCUUGUUUUGAAAGCUUGCACUGCCUCGCUGGCUUUUCUUGAUAUUGGCCGGCGAGUACAUGGUCAGGCUUUUAGGCAUGGGCUUGAAGCUGACGUUUUUGUGCAGAAUGGUCUCGUGACAUUUUAUGCAAAAUGCAGAAAGAUUUCGCUUGCUAAUAUUGUUUUUGGUAGGUUAAGUGAUAGGAGUAUUGUUUCUUGGACUUCUAUUAUUUCUGGGUAUGCACAGAAUGGGCAGCCUAUUGAAGCUUUGAGAAUUUUCAAUCAAAUGAGGGAAGUGAAUGUGAAACCUGAUCAGAUUGCUCUUGUGAGUGUCCUACGGGCAUAUACUGAUGUAGAGGACUUGGAACAUGGCAAAUCUAUUCAUGGUUGUGUUAUCAAAAUGGGCCUUGAAUUUGAGAUUGAUUUGCUCAUUUCACUUACUGCCAUGUAUGCAAAAUGCGGACAAGUUAUGUUUGCUAGAUUGUUUUUUGAUCAGGUGCGCAUUCCAAAUCUGAUUUUAUGGAAUGCAAUGAUUUCUGGUUAUGCAAAGAAUGGGUAUGCCGAGGAAGCUUUGGAGCUUUUUCGUCGAAUGAUAACUAUGAAUUUUGGCCCGGAUUCUAUUACUAUUACAUCUGUCAUCUUGGCAUGUGCUCAAAUGGGUUCUCUUGAAUUAGCAAGGUGGAUGAGUGAUUAUAUUGGCAGGAGUGAGUUUAGAAAUGAUGCUUUUGUUAGCUCUGCCCUCAUUGAUAUGUUCUCAAAAUGUGGCAGUGUCGAUUUGGCUCGCGAUGUUUUUGAUAGAGCACUGGAUAAAGAUGUUGUUCUGUGGAGUUCAAUGAUAAUGGGAUAUGGAUUGCAUGGUCGUGGCCAAGAAUCUAUUAAUCUUUUUGAGGCAAUGAGGCAAGCUGGGGUGCGCCCAAAUGAUGUCACCUUUGUUGGGCUCCUUACAGCAUGCAAAAAUUCAGGCCUUGUAGAAGAAGGAUGGGAAUACUUCCACCACAUAAGAGACUAUGGGAUUGAACCACGCCAUCAGCAUUAUGCUUGUGUGGUUGAUCUUCUAGGGCGUAAAGGACAUUUAGAUAGAGCAUAUAGUUUUAUCAGAAAAAUGCCAAUUGAACCAAGUGUAAGUAUAUGGGGAGCUCUUCUAAGUGCAUGCAAGAUUCAUCGUCAUGUCGCACUAGGAGAGUAUGCUGCUGAGCAGCUUUUCUCAUUGGAUCCAUACAACCCAGGGCAUUAUGUUCAACUGUCAAAUCUUUAUGCCUCAGCUUGCUUAUGGGAUCAUGUUGCAAAAGUACGGGUGUUAAUGAGGGAGAAAGGACUGAGUAAGGACAUGGGGCACAGUGUGAUUGAGAUCAAUGGAAAGCUUCAGGCCUUUCAGUUUGGAGAUAAGUCACACCCAAGCUCCAAAGAGAUCUUUGAGGAGCUUGAGAAUUUGGAGAGAAGGUUAAAGGAAGCUGGAUUUUUCCCCCAUAAAGAAUCUGUCCUGCAUGAUUUAAAUGAUGAAGAAAUUGAGGAGUCACUUUGUAAUCAUAGUGAGAGGCUAGCGAUUGCAUAUGGGCUUAUAAGUACUCCUCCUGGAACUACACUUCAUAUAACAAAGAAUCUUCGGGCAUGUGUAAACUGUCAUGCAGCAACCAAGCUUAUUUCAAGAAUUGUGAAUAGGGAGAUACUUGUAAGGGAUUCAAAUCGUUUUCAUCAUUUUAAGGAUGGAGUUUGUUCUUGUGGAGAUUAUUGGUGAUAGGAAUUUAAUCAAAGUUUCUAACUUAAUCUAGCUUUAUCAAGGAAGCUCACAAUGUUUCAUCAACCAAACUUUAAAUUUGUGGCAUUCAAACAAGUGAAAUUUCUUGGUUUAAUAAAGAGACGAUUGUAUGAAAUUAUCUUAUGAGAAAAUUAGAGGAAAAAAAUUAUUAAAACAACAUUGUUGAAGAACUAAGACUGAAGCAGUGAUCUUACCAUAUGGAUUGGCUAUCUGGCUUCUUUGGAUGUAGAUGACCAAUAAAAAUACUGUAGAAGAAACUAAUAGUUUUGGUAUGGUGAAGCAGAUUCCUUUACAAUUAAGAAUUUUUACUCCUAGAUCCAGGACAAUUCUGGGAUCUCAAAUCUGAGAUUGGAGUUGUUAUGGAUGAGAACACCCACCAAAGUUUGAUGAUAUCACAGAUAAAGGCUGCUAAGUUAUUGAAAGCGAUUGAAUCUGGUCCAGAUUAUGGUUCAGUUAGCUGAUAACUAAGCUACAAGUUUAGAAUCUGCCGAGUUUAUAAUUUCUCCUUCAUGUAUUUAAAGUUUAUGGUUCUUUUGUAUGAUUUCAGACUUAUUUAUAUAUAUAUAUAUUCUCUAGCAGCAUCAGUCGGCAGCACCAAGUUAUCAGAUUCUGAUUUGCCUGUGGGAUUGCAAAGCCUAUUGUUAUAAGAGUUGAAAGGAGGUUGCUAGCAUAAAAUUGAUUUGUGGUAGUAUCUUAAUGGUUCUGUAGUAGCUGAGGUUUAAGGAUUUGUUAAAGUUCAAACACUGCCAGGGAAAAAGUUAUUUAAUUAGUGUUAAGGUUAGCAUUUUGAGAAGCCUUAACCAUUUCGGUGACAGAUAAGAGCAAAAGAACAUAGAAGGAAGGAUAAAGAGAAGAGAUUGCAGAGGAAGAAGCAGAAGAAAAGAUUAAGAGAAGAGAAGAGAGAGUAAGAAACAAACAGAGAGAUAGAGAUUUGAAAGGGAAGAAAUUUUAUUUAUCAAUGCAUAACUCUUAUGUUUUAUAUUUCAAGCAAAUAUAACUACUUCUUUAGCUAAUUAUAGUUACAGCUACCUUUACAAUUCUGCUAUAAUUUUACCAAUACAUCCAAUUGCUAUCACCCAGGUCUUUUUCCUUAAGUUUGUUAUUCCAGAUUAGAUCCUCUGCAACUAAACUAACGUCUCUAGACAUCUGUGACCAUUGAUUAAGCAGACUGCAGUUUUGAUGAACAUGAUAGAUGAGCAGUACCAGGCAUGUGAAUGAUAUAUAAAAUUGUUAGUCAGUUUAUCAUAGUCCAGUGAGGAGAUUCAAGUCUAUUUGCAGUAAUCUAGAGUAGCUAAGGUCAAAUGCCAUGUAAGUAAGAAGAUCUUUUGUACAGUGACUGAACAAUAACAAAUUCUGUUCUUGCUCCUCUCAUCUCACGCUUCCCCUUUUACUGUAUUCCUUUCUAAAAUGUUUAUUAAUUAUCUUUUUCUUCAUCCAUUUUCUGAGUUAGUGAAUGAGCCUAUGAAUUCCUUUUUGCAGUUGUGGACCAACGAAGGCACUGUUUCAAUCAGUGGAUAUCUCAGGCACAAAAUGGAUAUUGCGAACCUACAGGCAAAUACAGCACUGUCAUAAACUAUGGAAGGUGUAUUCAGAAUGAUACUCAUUUAAUUAGAAUCUUCAUUUGUUGUUUGGAGACAGGUGGCUUUAUGAACUCAAUAUACAAUGUUCUAGCUGAUACAGCAACAUUCUUUGUCUUUGGACGACCAACAACAGAGUGAAUUACGGAGCAGAUAGAAGUGGGACAACUGAUUUUGAUAUUAGGUUCACUUUCUGGCAGUACCUACUUUCAAGAUCUGAUUUUAUUGUUUAGCAGAAAUAUUAAGCCUGGCAGUUCCUUGAUAGGCCAGGUUGUUUUAUUUGCUUGUGCACACGUUUUCUUUGAGUUUGCUUCUGUUUUAUAAUGUCAUUACAACCUGUCAUACCUGCAAAUAUGAAUAGUAAUCUUUUUUUUUUUGUCA